UGUACAUCGACUUCUCAUAUUUUAUUUAACACAGGCGAAGCCUUUUUCGUUGAUCCGGCGCGCAGCGUGUAUGAUCCUGUCAAGAGCAGUGUUAUAAUCGCAGUCAUGGUGCGAAUGAACGUACUGAGCGAUGCUCUGAAAUCCAUCAACAAUGCCGAGAAACGUGGUAAACGACAGGUGCUGCUGCGACCAUGCUCCAAAGUCAUAGUUAAAUUUCUCACAGUCAUGAUGAAACAUGGUUACAUCGGGGAAUUUGAAAUCGUCGACGAUCAUCGAAGUGGAAAGGUGGUUGUCAAUCUUACCGGAAGAUUGAACAAAUGUGGCGUCAUCUCUCCGAGGUUUGAUGUCCCGAUUACAGACAUUGAGAAGUGGACCAACAACCUAUUACCUUCUCGACAGUUUGGAUACGUCGUCCUUACUACGAGCGGUGGUAUUAUGGAUCACGAGGAGGCUAGGAGGAAACAUCUUGGAGGAAAAAUACUUGGAUUUUUCUUCUAAUCUAGUUUUACAUUUGUAUUUCAUUGCACUAACGGUGAUAUGCAAUAUGUAAUAUACUGCGGAUCAACGUUAAUGUAAACACCUUAA